AUUUUGAUGGUUGUGUCGGUUUGCGUUUCGUCCCUUUCUUUCGACCUUUCUGCUCGCCUUGCUCUUUCUUGUCCAUCGACCGCAAUCGGGCAAUUAGCCGGGAUCGAGGCUUCGUCGCGGUUCGAAGAUCGGUUUCUGAAUCCCGCUUCUUCUUAGCAGUGACUUCCUUUGGAUCCAGAGCUCCAGUUACUGAAGGAUUUCACUGGACAGUUUGAUUUUGAUAGAACGGUGGCUGGAUCUUUGGGCUGAAGUGUUUGUUGGAUGGCCAAUAUGGCAACCCGACGCCAUGUUCAUUACCAACCUCUUGCUGCAGAUGAGAGAGACGGUGAUGGUAGUAGUGAAGAAAAUGAUGUAGAUCUUCGAUUUGUUUACGCUCCGACGUCCUACAAGAAGAUUCCAUGGAAGUCAAUUGCCCUUGCACUCUUUCUCCUUGCCUUGGGAUUAGUGCUUCUUUUUCUCUCCUUCUUUGUAUUCACAGGACACAUGGCAGGUGAUCAGUCCCAGGCAUAUGGAUUUUUAUUCCUAGGCAUUCUUUCCUUCCUUCCUGGAUUUUAUGAGACACGGGUUGCAUAUUAUUCAUGGAGGGGUGCCCAGGGGUAUACAUUUGCUUCUAUUCCUGACUAUUAGUUUUCAGAAGCAAAGGGGAUGGACUUAUGUAUUAACUGUUGUUGAAGUGAGUUGGGACUGAAUUGUCUGGCAACAACCUCUCCUGUUUUCCUUCUUACCACAUGCUUGUAAUCUUUGGAUCCAAAUGAAUAAUUUUGUUUUCAGCUGUCAAUCUCUUCUUGAAAUAUUCUUCUUGGAUAAGCUAUGGUGAUAAUGAUGACCUAUGUUUGGAUA